GCCAUCCGCCGCUCGCUAUAAAUACCCGCGCAAACCUAUCCGCUGAUCACCACCACCUCUCUCUCUCGAUCGCCAUGGCUGCCACCACCAAGCUCGUGGCUCUGGGCCUCGCCGUCCUCCUCAGCAUCGGGUUCGCUGGUGCCGCGAGGGUGGCCAGGUACACGAACUCGUACUCCGGCGGCGGGGGAGGCGGCGGCGGAGGAGGCGGCGGCGGCGGGACGAACGGCGGGUGGGGCUCCGGCUCGGGCGCCGGCGCCGGCGCCGGAUACGGCGAGAGCGGCGGCGACUCCGGCAACACGUGGAACUACGGGAGGGGUGGCGGCGCUGGCGGAGGCGGCGGCGGCGGCGGCGGGACCAACGGCGGGUACGGCUCCGGCUCCGGCUCCGGCUACGGCAUGGGCAGUGGCUCGAGCGGCGGCUCCGGCUCGUCGGCGUCGGCCCCGGUUGCUCUCAGCAGCGGCGGUAAUUACGCCACCGGUGAUGGCGAGGGCGGCGGCGGCGGCGGUGGCGGCGGCUCCAACGGCGGCAGCGGGUACGGCGCUGGCGCCGGAGUUGGCCAGGGCGCCGGCGAGAGCGGCUCGUCGAUAGCGAUGGCGCCGUCUCCAUCCAGCGGCGGCGACUACAACGGCGGCUACGCCGACGCAGCCGGUGGCGGCGGCGGCGGCGGCGGCGGGCACGGCGGAGGCCCAGCAGCAUCUCCGAGCUACGGCGUUGGCGCAGGCGCUGGCUCCGGCGCUGGCGACGCCGGCAGCGAUGGCUCCUCCGGCGGAGGCUACGCGUCAGGAAUGGGCGGCGGCAAGGGCGGCGGCGGCGGCGGCGGCGAGAACGGCGGCUACGGCAGCGGCAGCGGCAAGGGAUCCGGAUCCGGUAGCGGCGGAUACCAUUGAAAUUUCCGGUAGGUUUUCGCUUGUCGCGGGAAACCCUAGAGCCGGAGGAGGCCGAGACAAUGCAUGAAUUGGUCUCGUCAUUUUAUGCUGUCCGACAAGAAGUUUAAUUUCUAGGGUUUGUACUUGGGUUUUAAUUAGGCAGUUUUUCUUAAUAAUUAAUGGGCUCCAUCAUUGUAAUGGAAGAUGCAUGGUAGCCCAGCAUGCGGAAAUGAGAUGUGAUGACACUCUACAAGAGCAAUGAAUUGAAGCAUGCAUAAUGUUUUGUUCA